AUGGCAGUAGGUUUGGGACAAACGCUAGUGUUUCACCAACUUUGUCUGGCAGCGGCCCUAUGCUUGCCAGAUGGCGUUCCAGAUAUGAACCUUUCCUACAUCAAAGAUGUGGGGGGCGAAGAUGUCGAGAUCAAAUUGGUGGCCUAUGACUGGCCAUCGGCGGAAUUUGUGACCGCCUUGGGUAAGAUGAUGAUCCAAGAAGUUUUGGGAUACAAAGCCAGCAUCAACGAAGCUCGAGCGCGCCAGAGCCUCGAUGCGGUCCUGUCCUUGACGGGCUGCAACAACUUGGAAUGUACUCAGCAGAUCGACUCAGUGAGUCACGUGGUCCUAGAGAGCUGGCUCGGGUCCUAUGGUAGUACCUAUGAAGCCUUCAAAGCAAGACAUCCGGACAAAGCGCCAGAAGAUUUGGGUUCCAUGGGCUAUGCUGGUGAAGAAGCCCUGUUCAUCAGCCGGCAGAUUGUCGAGGAAGCCUAUGAAGAUUCUGAGCGAUCCUUGAAUUGGUAUCGAAGCUACAAUGCCUCCAGGUCCUCCGCCAAGAAAUAUUUCGAUUCGGUUGUGGAUCUUCCGAUUGAAGAUUUUGCUUUUUGCAAUGACUCGGUGACCAUGUGGACCAAUCCUCUUUUCAUGAACGAGUAUGCGAAGUGGAGUGGCGAUUUGGACGGCUUGGAGCUAGUCACUGAAGGUUACCACGCCAAGUGUCAUGCCUUUGGGCGCUUUUGGAUUUCUCCUGCCUGCAGGCAUAACAUUUCCGAGUGUAUUCCCAUGCUGACCUACGGGUAUGGCUGGUUGGCAGAUGCCUUUAUGGCGUGGUCCACGGCCCAUGCCAUCCCAGCAGCCGUGGGCAUCCAGGGCAAGACCCGGGCGACCACGGCCGCGUCGGCUGCCAAUUUCUACUCCUUGGCUCGGACCUUUCGAGUGCUUUCAUAUUGGUAUCGACCCGAUACUUCUCAGGUUGCCUUCAAUCCACAACCCAUUAUUUUUCCGGUUUAUAGUGCCCGUGAGUGGGCAGCAGGCAACAAACGUACGGCUGCUACGGGAUCGUACAUCGGAAAACUGGUGAACCGGCGCUUGCGUGAAAAAGCUUUCAGCGUGCUCACUUUUCUGCAAAAUCUGCAGUUGGAACUGAUGGAGAUGCAAGAGUACCUGGCCAUGAAAAAUGAUAGCAACAACUGGGAAGAAGUGGCUUGCCAGUGGAUCAAGACGAAUCGACCUAGGUGGGAGAGAUGGGUUCCAAAGGAGACCACAUGCUUCCGGGGGUUUGGCCUUGUCGAUGUGGCCCAGAAGAGUGUGACCAGUCGAAGCGACGCCGUGGGGUGUGGGCUGUGCACGCCAGGAACCAGUUCUUCGGUGCUCUUGGAUAACAUUGGGAGGACUUACACCUGCAAGUCAUGUGAGCCUGGCAGCUAUCAAGAACUCUCUGGGGAGACCUUGUGUACCAGUUGUCCGGUGGGAAGAAUUGCGAGAGAGGCUGGGCUUUCGCAAUGUGAGGUUUGUCCUCCUGGAAGCUUUGCCAAUUCUGUCGGCUUGCAAGCCUGUCAGAUUUGUGGCACUGGUAGCCUUCAAUGGACCACGAGUCGCAAGGUUGAACUCCACGGAAGUGAGGAAUGGAUUACGGUUGAAGGUGCAGUGUCAGAAGACUACUGCCAUUGUCUUCCUGGUUAUUUUCUGGACCAGAACCAAACCUGUCGCGAAUGCACUGAAGGAGCCUCAUGUCCGGGCUCCAACCAAGUGGAGUUGCUGCCCGGAUAUUUCUCCUCUUCCACUGAUCCCGGGUCCAUUUACCGGUGUUAUCCCAAGGCCUUAGCCUGUCCAGGGGGUUUGCCUGGAAGCUGUGCUGUGGGCCGAGAUAACAGUAGUGUCGCCUGCAGCGCUUGCCUGUCUGGCUUGUAUUCCACCGACGAAGGCUGUGUUCCUUGUGAGGGGCAGGACUAUUUGAUCUUGAUCUUGGUUUGUGCGAUGAUCCUCACGACCACUGGUGCUUUACAUGCCUUUCUCCUCUAUACCAAUGAUAACAAAUUGCAGGUGGGUUUCGUCAAGGCUGGCAUUUACGUGGGUCAACUCGCAGUGUCAGUGCAAGUCAUUGUGGUGAUCCAGCGGAUGGACAUCGAAUGGCAAGAACCUUUCCUGUCAAUCUUGGAGGCUUUCAGUUUUAUCUCCUUCGACCAGUUUAUCCAAUCGCUGAAUGCCGUCAGUUGCAUCACUCGUUUGUCACCUACGUGGACAUUCUUGUCUCAUACUGUGGCAGUGCCAGCAGCUUUCAUGGCAGGACCAGUCUUCGUCCAAGUAAGUCAGAACCGGUCGAGAACUGCAAAGGGAACUGGGAAGUUGCACGUGCUGGGCGAAACCUUCGGCUUGUUCUGCAUGCUAUUCUUCAUUGUACUUUGCACCGCGGUCCUGGAACCCUUUGAUUGCGUGAGUCAUCCGAAUGAAGCAUUUACAAUGCGCACAUCCAUUCAGGUUUUGUGCAAUUUCCGGAACGAUCAUUUGAGUUUGUCAUUGGUGGCGAGUUUCUUGACCCUUCUGCCGCUGGUUUUCCUUUCGUUAUGUGCUUGGCUUGUGGUAAAGGAACUGCCUAAGCGAAUGCACCGAAUGGAUGUGAAAUUUAUUCGCUCUUGUUCAUUUCUGAUCUCUCGAUUUCGCCCAGGCAGUGAGAAAUUUUCGAUUUUUCUUUUGGUGAGGAAUGCCAUUUUAGCUAUUGCGCCAGUCCUCCCUUCCACAGAAGCGGGCUGCCUCUUGAUUUUUGCCGUACUCGGUACGAACUUAUGCCUGGCCGCGAUGUUCCAACCUUGGUUGUCUCCGCUGGCAACGUACCUGGACGUGCUCACGAAUUUUGGUUUCCUUGUCAUCAUUCUCAAUGGAGCAUUCUUUCUCGAAAGAAAGCAAACUUCGAACGACCGAUCCGGUAUGAUUGUUUGUUCACUGGUACUUUGCUGUAUUCUGCUGGCCUUAGUAAACCUCUCCAUCUUUACCUUAGCAGAACAUUGGUUCAGAAAGCGGAGAAAGCGUUAUGAUUUCUUCUUGAGCCAUCACAAGCAGAGCAGUGGCAGUGUUGCCCGCAUGAUGAAGUUAGAACUCCAACAACGCGGCCUGGCGGUCUUUUUGGAUACAGACGAUCUAUCUUCCCUUUCUGAUCUCUUUGGAACUCUGACCCAAAAUGUCGAAGCUUUGGUGGUGAUUGCCUCACCCAAAGUCCUGACCCGGAAGUGGUGUCUGGGGGAAAUUGUGACGGCCAACUUGCACAAUGUGAACACAGUGGUGGUAGCCUUGCCCAACUUCCAUUUUCCAGAUGCCAUGUUUGUUGAUGCCCUCGAAAAUGUGGUUGGUGAGAUGGAUGAGUUGGCAGCUUACGGCCUUGCCCAAGCGGAUUUUCGAGAAGCUCUGGUGAAGCUCCGCGAUCGGAAGACGGUGUUUCUCCCAGGGUCGUUUCAAAGCUCCGAUGUGGCCACCAUCGUUGAUCAGCUGUGUCAAUGCUCUCGCGCUGAGGUCAAGCUGCAGGACUCAGCGGAGAGCGAUCGGCCUUCGGGUUCUUCUUGCUUGCUGUUGGCCGACCAUGAGGACAUUGAGGCCUUGGCUACUUGCCACGUGCUGAGAAGCUGGAUGUUUCCGCACUUAUUGCAGCAACGUAUCCAUGGACCCUUGGUGUUGUCACCAACUGAAAGGAUCAUGGAGCUGGGAUAUGAAGAGACCAAAUACGUACUCAUUGUGUGCACCAAGGGCUGUUUCGAAUCUGAAUCGAUGAUUCGUUGGCUAAUUCAAGCUUAUCAUUUUGCUCAGCAUUGCCGGAUUUUUACCAUUAUUGCAGACGAAGAGUUUCACGUUCCGGGCGCCACAGCGGACUUUCACAACCUGGCUUGCAGUCCUAAUGUGCUAUCCAUGGUGCCAGAAACAGGAAGCGGCGAUUCCAAUUUUUCCAGUUCCACCUACCACGCUGUGAUCAAAGCCUUGUUCACUCAAUUUGCUUCGCGCUUCUCAGCGCGAUACUCUUCCGAAUCAACGUUGAAAUUCAAAGCAGCAGGAUAUGCCCAGAAGCUCUCGGAGUUGCAAUCCCUCAGGGGUCUCCUCUCGAACCGGGGUCUUUCCAGAGUCUUUGAGGACGCGAUCAAUCAAAUUGGAUCAGACGAGAACAAGGAAGUGGCAGAUGAAGUGAGUGAAGCUGAGGAGGAAAUAAUGCAAAGAGUCGUUUAG